AUGCAACUGUUUCUGUCCACGAAGUGGGCUGGAUUAUUCAUUGCUCUCGCCCUCGUCUUCACUUUGUUAUCGCCGGCAAGCGCAGUCCGGUUACAAGCAUUCCCUCGGCCAUGGCUUGAUGCAAACAUUACCUGUGACCCUCAGCAUCAGGGCUUCCAGGUUUUCAAAUGGCUGCGCGACGGCGCUGGUGGACUCUUUAGUCGACCCUUCAGCAAGACACUGGCGUCAACAAAGCCAAGUCCGGCGCUUUACUCUCGAUACAAGAACGAUGUUGUGAUUCGGUUCAACGUUACUACUCCCGAAGAGGAGCACGCUCUUGCUCAAGCUGCUGACCAGAUGUUUCUGGAUAUUUGGGCUUUCACUCCGGACUGGGUAGAUGUCAGGAUACGCAAAGAUGAUGUGUCUUCGCUCCUAUCCCUGCUUCCCCGGUCGUUGAGACCGUCGGUUCUCAUUCAUGAUGUAGCCGCUGCAGUUUGGGCGACUUAUCCUUCGGAGACGGCCGACAAUGUUAUGCUUGGCUUUGGGAAGCUCAAUAUUGCCAAGAUGAAGACGUCUUUUGAAAGAAUGGGAAAGCUUUUCUUCCGCGAUUACCAGACCUUAGCUGUCAUCACAAACUGGUUGCGCCUUCUUGAAACUAUGUUCCCAUCAAUAGCGGGUCUCGUCAGCAUUGGGAAGUCGUACGAGGGUCGAGACAUUCUCGCCCUGCGUGUGGGCGCCGGUAACGAGACCAAACAAGACAGGAAAACCAUUCUCAUUGCCGGUGGUCUGCAUGGCCGUGAAUGGAUUUCAACGAGUACCAUCAACUACUUAGUCUGGUCGGUGCUCACGUCCUACGAGAAGGAUCGGAUGAUCACCAAGCUCUUGAAGCACUUCGACCUCAUUUUCAUCCCAGUGCUCAACCCAGAUGGUUAUGAGUACACCUGGCAAACAGACCGUCUGUGGCGCAAGUCUCGCCAACAGACCAAGUUGCGUUUUUGCCGCGGCAUGGACCUGGACCAUGCUUUCGGUUAUGCUUGGGAAGACUCACGGCAUCAGACAGACCCGUGUUCAGAGAGCUAUGGAGGAGACCAACCCUUCGAGGCCAUCGAAGCGUUCGAGUUGGCCAAGUGGGCGAAGAGUGAGACAGCCAAUGGUGUGAAGUUCGUAGCCUUUUUGGAUCUUCACUCUUAUUCACAGCAGGUUCUCUUCCCAUAUGCAUAUUCCUGCUCCGUCGACCCUCCUAAUAAGGAGAACCUAGAAGAGUUGGCAAUAGGACUAGCCAAGGCGCUUCGCCGGCCCCACGGCGAGAGGUAUCGGGUUGAUUCGGCGUGUGAGGGAGUCGUUCUUCACGCCGAUAGUGAAGGGGAUGCUGUGUCCCGUGUUGAAGCUGCUGGUGGUUCUGCGAUUGAUUGGUUCUAUCAUGAUCUUCGGGCUCGAUAUAGUUAUCAAAUCAAGCUUAGAGACACUGGCAGCUACGGGUUUUUACUGCCGAGCAAGCAAAUUGUCCCAACAGGGGAAGAGACUCUUAAUGCGCUAAAAUAUCUCGGCGACUAUCUCCUGGGGAACAAUGGCAUUGAGAGCUCACCGUUCCGGCCGUCCGCAGGCGAGUGGAAGGACCUGAGGGGACGCAGGAGGUAA